AUGCAAAAUAAAACUGCAGCGAUAGAACGAACACCUUCAGCUUCAUCUCGUCUUGCCAAUAUUCCUUCUACAUCUCUGGUUCUACCAGAUGCUCCUGAUUGUCAGCACUGUGGAGCGAAGAGAAAUAAUGUGCGUACUUAUAACAACAACCUUGGCUUCACAACCUUUGCUGCGAAGUAUGACUCUAAGCUAACAAAGAACACAAAAGGUGUUUAUACCUUUCGUGUUCAGGGCCAGGUCUACCACUUUCUUGAUGGCCUUAUUCACUUGGGCGAUAAACCAUCUGGCAUCCAAUUAUAUUUCUUUGACACUGAUGAAGAAUUAGCAAAGAGGCUUGGUAACUCUGAUAAGCUGCGUGAACACACUUUAAGAUUGCUUAUGCGCGUUCUUUCUGAUAAUCCUUAUACUCGCUUCUUUAAAAGCCUUAGGGAUGUUCCGAACAUUGACAACCUGAACAUUGUUCUUAAUUGUUAUCCUUCGCUUGACCAGCGCGUGUAUAAUCUUCCUUCUGCCUCUCAAGUAGCAACUAUAUGGACUGAAAGUGAAGAUCAGUCAUCCGAUAGGCGCGCUCAUAUUCAGGUCUAUUCUCGCUCAGCUGGUAGCCAUAGAAUCCAGUAUUAUUAUUGUUGUUAUGACCCUUUACAGUACCCUCUCAUUUUUUUCCGUGGUGAGUGUGGCUGGCACCAUGGAAUUAAGAGACUUCACAAAAGGAAAAGAGGAGGGGACUCCUGUGAGGGUGAUAUUACCCUUGAUCCAGCUUCAAUUAGCUCCUCGUCAGAGUUAAUUGAUUUAGAACAGAGAGCUGCUGAUCGAGGCAAAACAGAGGCUGAUAUUGUAUCAGUUAGGGAGUACUAUUGUUAUAGGUUUCAAAUAAGAGACACUGAUGAGUUAAUGUUGUUACACACCCUUAGAUUGCUACUGCAGUUUUCGGUUGAUGGUUAUGUCAAGAUAGAAACAUCUAGGCUUGACUUCCAUAGACAUCGGCAAAACAAAAUACGCUCCGAAAUUCUUCAAGGAGUUCUUGAUAGUGUUUCUAUUGGCCAAACUGCUGGUUCUAAGGUUGGUCGUAAGGUCAUCUUGCCUGGUUCCUUUAUAGGUGGGCCGAGGGAUAUGCGCCAUCGCUACCUUGAUGCGAUGGCGCUGGUCCAAAAAUACGAAAAAUCAGACAUUUUCCUUACAAUGACAUGUAAUCCAGCAUGGAAGGAGAUUCAGGAGAACUUGAAAUACCAUGAAAAACCUCAAGAUCGGCCAGACCUUCUAGCUAGAGUUUUUAAAGCCAAGUUUGAAAUGCUUAAAGCAGAAAUCCUGAAUAAGCAAAUCUUUGGCGAAGUUGCAGCGUGUGUUUAUGUGAUCGAGUUUCAAAAGCAAGGAUUUCCUCAUGCUCAUUUAUUAUUGAUCUUAAAACCUGGUCAUAAGCUACUUAACUGGGAGUCAUAUGACAAAGUAGUUUGUGUUGAGCUGCUCGACAAAUAUCGCUAUCCUCACUUGUAUUCUCUUGUUAUCAAACAUAUGAUCCAUGGUCCUUGCGGGGCCAUGGAUAAAUCUUGCCCUUGCAUGAGAGACGAAACCUGCAAAAAUCGCUAUCCAAAGAACUUUUGUGCUCAAACAACCCAUGGUGAGGAUACUUAUCCAUAUUACAGAAGAAGAGAUGACGACAAGAGUAUCAGAGUUCGCAGAUUUACUCUUGAUAAUAGGUGGGUUGUGCCUUAUAACCCUUACCUACUUGCUUUAUUUGAUUGCCACAUCAACGUGGAAAUCUGUUCAACUCUUAAGCUCGUGAAGUACUUGUAUAAGUAUGUUUUCAAAGGACAUGAUCUGGUGAGCUUUAAGAUUAUUUCUUGUGAAUCAGGCAAUGAUAUUGAUGAAAUAAGAGACUUUCAGAAAGGUAGAUGGGUUUCACCUCCAGAAGCUUUUUGGCACAUUUAUGAAUUCAAGCUCAAUCAAAUGACUCCAGUAGUUUACACUCUUCAAGUUCAUCUUCCAGACCAGUAA